CCUUAGUACCGUGCGGCAUUCUGUAGCACAAUACUCACACGGCAAGUCCUGCCCUCCCCUCCCGCUUCCUUUUCAGCUGUGGGUGAGGCCUCUUCUCACACCCUUUCCCCCACCUUUCUGAAUUCUGACAUGAGUUCCAGGAAUCUUUCAGUUUUUCAGAUAGAAUCAGCAGUGCCUGAAACCCAGCCUGCCGCUCACUUAAAUCCUCACACUCAGCUGCAGACUCCACGAGAGAGGGGCUCCUCACUGUGCUCCGGAAAGACAGUGCACAGCCAGGGCUGAUUCAGCAGGAAGCCGCCUAGGCACCGCCAUGCUCCGAGCAGCAGCCUGGGGCCGCUGGGGCCUGUUUCAUCCCUGCACUGGGCUCUCGGUGAGGAUGACCAGCAGUGGGAUAGCUGAGAAGGGUGUCCUGGCCAACCAGGUAGCCGUGAUCACCGGGUCCACUAACGGGAUCGGCUUGGCCAUCGCCCGGCGCCUGGCCCAGGACGGGGCCCACGUGGUGGUCAGCAGCCGGAAGCAGCAGAACGUGGAUCGGGCCGUUGCCAUGCUGCAGGGGGAGGGGCUGAGUGUGACGGGCACCGUGUGCCACGUCGGGAAGGCAGAGGACCGGGAGCGGCUGGUGGCCACGGCCCUGGAGCACUCUGGGAGUGUCGACUUCCUGGUAUGCAAUGCAGGCGUCAACCCUCUGGUGGGGAGCACUCUGGGGGCCAGUGAGCAGGUCUGGGACAAGAUCCUGGGCGUGAAUGUGAAGGCCCCAGCCCUGCUGCUGAGCCUGCUGCUGCCCCACAUGGAGAACAGGAGGGGUGCUGUCAUCCUGGUCUCUUCCAUUGCAGCUUAUAUGCCACAGGUGGAACUGGGUGCCUACAACGUAAGCAAAACAGCCCUGCUGGGUCUCACUAGGACGCUGGCAUUGGAGCUGGCCCCCAGGGACAUCCGGGUGAACUGCUUGGUUCCAGGAUUUAUCGAUACUGACUUCAGCAAAGUGUUAUGCAAGAACAAGGCUUUCUUCAAAAACUUGAAGGAAAACGUGGGGCUGCAGAGGAUUGGGCAGCCUGAGGACUGUGCAGGACUCGUGUCCUUCCUGUGCUCUCCAGAUGCCAGCUACAUCACUGGGGAGAACAUCGCGGUGUCCGGCUUCUCCUGUCGUCUCUGAGUGGGUGGGGAUGGCAGUGCAGUUGUGGCUCUGGGCCCAGAAGCUUGGAGAUCAUUUGGGUGUGGAGUCAGAGUCUGCAGCUCUGCCUGACUAGCAAUCUGGGGGCUUGCUUGUGCUAGGCUUGAGAAAGAAGAAAAACCCUUCAGUGAUUGCAUCUUCAGGACUCCUCGGCAUGACUAUUAUAGAUUCAGCUGAUCCAAGCAGCGUGUGGGGCUCUCGGUGUGGGCUGUGGAGCUUAAGGAUUUUAUGGGCCUGGUGCUUUGAAGGAACCUUAAGGGAAAGGAGAAGAGGCUCAGGCACCUCAAAGAUUCUAGCUCCUUCUCUCUGUAAUUUGUGCCUUAAACAUUUCUUUCCUAAAAUAAACUCAAAUUUAU